CCCGUCAUUGCCUCCCCUUCUCGUGCUUUGCUUGCUUCUGAUCCCUGAGGUCGAUCAUCAAUGCACAAGACGAUUCAACAAUGAACCCGAAGGAGGGAGAUGAAGGUCGGCCCGCAAGCACCACUGGGCCCGACAGUGGUCUUUCCAUCAACCAAACGUCACAAGGAAAAUAUCUCAAGUCGACCAUCUUCCCUGUAUGUUGUUUAGUUAUUCUGAUCUGCAUCUAUUUUCCAGGAAGCAACAGAUUCACCAAGCCAAUAGCAGAACCAAUACCUCACCCGGGGAUACCCAGGUAUCACCGCUUGAUCAAAGAGGAAAAACAAGAGACCGACUCUAACAAAAGCAAUGUCGCCAAUGCAGCUGCAUCUUAUAGCAUUACAAGAACUUUGUCCAAGACAUCAAUCACUGACCCCGUUAGUCCAGGUUUCACUGGCCCAGCCCUCGCUGCAACCACUUCUCCGAACCCACAAAGUAGCUGUAAGCCCACAGAAAGGAUAGUUUACAUCAAAACGCAUAAGACGGGGUCCACCACCACGGCUUCCAUCUUUGAACGCUAUGGAUACUUGCGUAAUUUGAGUUUUGCCAUGUCUAAAGGGAGCCACAUCAUCUCGACUGAAGGCCUGUUUAAGCGAUCCAUGGUAUAUAAGAUUCCAAACAGAAGCCGGAACGAUUUCGACAUGCUUGUGAACCAUGUUAGAUACAACAGGGAAGAGAUGGACCUUGCUAUACCCGAGGCAAAGUAUAUCACGAUCAUACGGGAUCCAGUGACUCAGCUCGAAUCGGCGUUCGGGUAUUUCGAAAUGGGCAAACACCUCAAAAUAACCACGAAAAAUCCGUUUGAAACUUUCAUGUCUCAGCCUCGAAAGUACUACGCAAUGAAGAGUUAUUUAUGGUCACGGAGCCGAAAUGGACAGAUGUACGACCUCGGAUUCGCCCACGUCGACGAGGAAAACGUGGCUAGAAUUCAAGACAAAAUCGACCAGUUAUCCAGGGAGAUAGAUCUGGUUAUGAUCACGGAAUAUUUUGAAGAAUCCCUCAUUCUUUUAAAAAAGCUUUUAUGUUGGGAUUACACAGACAUUCUAUAUAUCUCGAACGGUAUCCGUAGCAAAAGCCAUAGGUUCUCCGUAAACCAAGAUAUGGCGGACAGAAUUAGGGAAUGGAGCGCGGCCGAUUUCAUGCUUUACGAGCACUUUAAUCGUACAUUUUGGAAAAGGGUGGUUGACUACGGCCCAAGCUUCCAUGAAGAUUUAGCACAUUUUAGAGAGAUAGAGUCGAAUGCAAUGGAUAUGUGUAUCGAUACGAAGAAGAAUAACACAGGGGAUAGGAGAGAGGAUAAGCUGACCUUGAAGAAUGUUUCCAAAUUUUGCCAAGAUCUUCUUCGCGGUGACGUACCCUACACGGCCCUGAUUAGAAAGGGUAUGGUGAAUCGCGCUGCAGAGGAAGCAGCGAAGAGAAUAAACACUUGAGGGUUUAAUUUCUCCCUAUUACCAUGUGGAGGAUCCGUGGUGUAGUGGUUCUGACUCUCGCCUUGUAAACAGAGGGUCGUGUGUUCAAAUCCCACCGCGGUCUGGCCACUUUGGCAAGGCAUUAAUCCAAACUUUGCCACUCACGACCCAGGUGCUAAAUGGGUACCUGAUAGGAUGUGAAAGUCAUUGUAGCUUGUCCAGUACUGUGUGCGCUUUACCGGCGACUGACUGGAAUACUCCCCAGGGAGUGGAGGAUGUGCACACAUUAUUUGCGGGAAUGACUGAUUGAAUCCGAUGACCGGGGUAAUAACAUAUCUAGAAAGCGCUUAGACACGUUCCGAUAUAUUAAGUGCUAUAUAAAAGCGGAUUAUUAUUAUCAUUAUUAUUAUUUCAAUGUUUUUUCGAAGAGGGAAGAUCUUGCCAAUUAAAUUUUCUGAGUUAUAUUACAUCAUGUAUGUUGACGAUGGUAGCGGGUAAUAUCGAGAAUAAAAAUCAUGCAUCUCAUUUUUUUAAUGGGAAAAGUAGAACGUCAGCGACAGACGAACUAUAACACUUGGAAUUAUGAUCCAGAUAAGUAUUUGUAUUGCAAUUGUAUUAGGUUUGUAGGACAAUUCACUGAAAGUGACAGUGUUGCAAAUAUUGAAAACAAAAUGAAGAAAAAAUAAUGAACAUUAGAAAGUACACUGCAAAAACUCUGGUGUUGAUUUAACACAAGCUCGGAAUCUAUAUAUGUCCACACCAGAGAA